GUUUUGGCAUCGUUCAGACACGCCACGAUCAGAGUUGUAUCAUAAAUAUUAAUUUGAUUUCUUUUGAAAUCUUAAAAUGCGUCCUUUGCCACCGGAAUUAGCGAAAAUCGCACGAGAGGAAUUGAACGAGAUACCGGAGCGUUUGCAACAGGAUUUGACUGUAUUGCGAACCUGGAUUUAUCAGCAGCGUUAUUUGCAUGCGCGUACAUCGACUGAUUUCCUGAUUGCCUUCCUCAGGCGUUGCCGCUACAGUUUGGAGCAGACAAAGAAACGCAUUGAUGACUUCUUCACAUUUCAUACAAAGUGUCCGGAGAUCGUAUCGAAUCGUCGUGUGACAGAGAAAAUGUUAACCAUCAAUCGCUUAGGACUACAGUAUUUCCCGGAAUUUCCAAUAUGUAGUGAUCACGCUGCAAUAAUGAUUACCCGAGUCAGCUAUUGCCCCAAACGUUUUCACAUGCGUGAUGUUAUGGCUUAUAUUGCGAUGGGUAUGGAAGUGAUAGCACUAGAGAAUGAUAAUGCUGCAAUUGUAGGGGUGGUACAAAUAUUCGAUUUAUCAAAUCUGGAUGUCGAGCACGCGGCUCAAUUGGAUGGUGGUCUCUUAAGGAAAUGGUGGUAUUGGAUGAGUGAGUGUAGUCCGUUGCGCAUAAAUGUAACCUAUUGCUUAAACGCGCCCAAAGAACUACAAAGUUGGCUGGGUGUCUUGCGAACACUAUGCGUUAAAAUGAGUCCGAUGAUUAUCCUGAAAUCUUUGGAAGAGCUCUAUCAAUACAUACCACAAAAAUGUUUACCUGAGGAAUAUGGUGGCACCAAUGGGCAUCUAUAUGAGUGUGUUUCGUACAUGGAAGAUUUGCUAAAGAGCUAUCGUGACUACUUCGAAGACGAAGUAAAUUACGGCACUGUUGAACAGUUACGACGUGGUGAGAUUAUGCCAUAUGAGGCGGAGUUUGGCGCAGAAGGCAGUUUUCGUAAAUUGAUUGUCGAUUAAAAAUUAUUAAAAAAGACAUAUACAUAAAUAUAUACAUAUCCAAAAUAUAUACCAUAUUUACAUGCAAAUCAGGUAUUAAAGCACAUUAAACUUAAAUUUUUGAGUCAUUGGCAGUCGGCUUCCACUAAUUGGCUCCAUAUGUGUAUUAAUUAAGUAUCUAUUGUAUUUAUGAGUCACAGUAAAUAAAUUUAUUCAAUAAAAAACUACAUAUUCUCACA